UUGUAUUCUUGUUGACUGUGUACAGCCACGUCAUUUUUGCUUUGAAUGAAAAAGUGUACGCAGACUAAAAUCUCUUUAAAUAAUAAAUCAUGAAUAUAUUUCGUUUAUGUGGUGAUUUAUCUCACCUAUUAGCUGUAAUAAUAUUAUUGCUUAAAAUCUGGAAAACAAGAUCAUGUGCAGGCAUUUCUGGGAAAUCUCAGAUACUUUUCUCCGUAGUGUAUACCACGAGAUAUGUGGAUUUAUUGACGACAUUCAUUUCACCUUAUAACACAGUAAUGAAGGUGGUCUUCAUUGUUGCUUCCUACGCAACUGUUUAUUUGAUGUAUGUUAAGUUCAAAGCAACAUAUGACCACAAUCACGAUACCUUCAGGAUUGAAUUCCUGUUGAUACCAUCGCUUAUUCUGGCAUUACUUAUACAUCACGAGUUCACAGUUAUGGAGGUAUUAUGGACAUUUUCUAUUUACCUUGAAGCAGUGGCCAUCUUACCUCAACUGUUCUUAGUGUCCAAGACAGGAGAGGCAGAAAGCAUCACAUCCCAUUACUUGUUUGCUCUGGGCAUGUAUAGAACACUUUAUUUAUUCAAUUGGGUAUACCGCUAUGUCUUUGAGGGACAUUAUGAGUUGAUUGCCAUUAUAGCUGGAAUUGUGCAGACUGUACUAUACUGUGAUUUCUUCUAUCUCUACAUUACAAAAGUUCUCAAAGGAAAGAAGUUGCAGCUGCCAGCUUAAGUUCUAUCCAGUGUUGGGAUGGCAGGUGAUUUGAAGAAGAAAAAAAACAAUUUGACAAAAAUAUCUGUGAAGGUGUUUUAUAAUUAGCAAAUAAAUAACCUAAGAUCUAGUUGUACAUAAAAUGUCUGUGUACACUUGUGAAAAUGUUGAUUACUAAACGCAGUUAUGUGUGAUGAUGAAUUAUUAAUGUAACCUAACCAUGUACUAUAUUAGUUUAUAGCACAAUAUUAAUAACGACAAACCAAUGAUUAAAUAAAUAUUAGAUAAAUACAUCCAAAUGAUAUCUGUUUA